AUGGUUGACAAGCAAUGCAGUAAGCAUUUUCCAAAGAGGUUUAUUGAUUCGACUAAAGUGGAUGAUGAAGGAUAUCCGUUUACAGGCGAAGAGAUAAGAUCUACAGUUGAUAAGGGUGGAGUUCAUCUUGACAAUAAAUCCGUACUAGACAUGCCCCAUAUCGACAAUACGAAAUUCCUAUCUUGGAUGAAAUGUAAUGAGAAAUAUGAAGAAGCCAGGGCGAUUAGUUAUGUGGAGUUUCCUACAAGAUUUGUUUGGAAGCAGGCGUUGAGGGAGUGGACACCAAGAAAUAAAGGCUUUGCAAUAGGUCGAAUCUACCACGUAUCGCCGGGAUCUGGUGAGAAAUUCUAUCUUAGGACGUUGCUAAACUUUGUUAAAGGAGCGACGUGCAAUGAAGACAUUAGAACAGUUGAUGGUGUAGUGUAUCCUACCUUCAAGGAAGCUUGCUAUGCAAGGGGAUUACUUGAUGAUGAUAAGGAAUAUGUUGACGCAAUCACGGAAGCGAGUUUUAGAGAAUCAGGGCACUACGUAAGACAUUUGUUCUCCAUGUUACUGUUAUCUAGGAGUAUGUCGAAGCCGGAGGAUGUUUGGCAUAAGACUUGGAGGUUACUAUCUGAUGAUAUUUUGUACAAGCAGCGCGGUAUUCAGAAAAAUAAAGAACUACAGUUAACAGACGAUCAAAUUGAAGUGUUUGCGUCGGCGGAGAUUGAAACCAUGCUCCAAAGUAAUGGCAACAGCUUGCGUAGAUUUAGUGAGAAGCCAUUUCCGGAUGAACUAAUCAUGUUUGAAGGACAAAACAAGCUUAUUGCAGAUGAGCUUUCUUAUGACAUAGAGGAAAUGACGUUGGAACACGAUAAAUUGUUUAAGGGUCUAACUGAUGAGCAAUCCAUCAUUUAUCACAGAGUAAUGGAUGCUGUGUCAAGUCAAGAAGGAGGUGUGUUUUUCGUCUACGGCUACGGAGGUACCGGAAAAACAUAUGUCUGGAAGACAUUAUGUGCUGCCGCAAGGAAGAUGGGCGAAAUUGUAUUGCCUGUAGCUUCGAGUGGAAUUGUUUCUCUCCUCCUUCCACGGGAAGAACGGCGCAUUCGAGAUUUGGUCCUAACACUUACUCGCAAUAUGAGACUUCAAUCAGGUUCUUCUAAAUCUUCUGCUGAUGAACUGCGAGAAUUUUCGGAGUGGAUACGAAACAUAGGAGACGGUAAGGCCGGAGGUCCUAAUGAUGGAGAAGCCGUAAUUGAGGUUGCAAAAGAUAUUCUUAUAGAUCUAGGCCUCGAUCCAAUUUCAGCAAUUGUUGAUAGCACUUAUCCAAACCUACAUGAGCAUAUUUGGGAAGCUAAAUAUUUCCAAGAAAGAGCAAUUUUGGCGCCUACGAAUGAGAUAGUGGAGAUAGUCAAUGAUCAUGUUCUAUCUACCAUUCACGGAGAAGAGAAAGUGUAUUUGAGUUUGGACGCAUAA